AUGGGUAAAGAAAAAACACUUAUCAAUAUUGUUAUUAUUGGACAUGUUGAUUCUGGUAAAUCAACAUCAUCUGGUCAUUUAGUCUACAAAUGUGGUGGUAUCGAUAAACGAACAAUUGAAAAAUUUGAAAAAGAAGCUGCCGAAAUGGGUAAAGGUUCAUUUAAAUAUGCAUGGGUUAUGGAUAAAGUAAAAUCUUCACGAGAACGUGGUAUUACAAUUGAUAUUUCACUUUGUAAAUUCGAAACAAAUGCAUUUAAUGUUACCAUUAUUGAUGCACCAGGUCAUCGAGAUUUUAUUAAAAAUAUGAUUACAGGUACUUCACAAGCUGAUUGUGCAGUAUUAGUUGUAUCAGCUAGUUCAGGUGAAUUCGAAGCUGGUAUUUGCAAGGAUGGUCAAACACGUGAACAUGCUCUUCUUGCAUAUACAUUAGGUGUACGACAAAUGAUUGUUAUUAUAAAUAAAAUGGAUACAACAGAACCACAAUUUUCUGAAACACGUUUUAAUGAAAUUAAAAAUGAAGUAUCAGCAUAUAUUAAAAAAAUUGGUUAUCAACCUGAGACUGUCCCUUUUGUUCCUAUUUCGGGAUGGUAUGGUGAUAAUAUGAUUACAGCAUCAGAAAAUAUGCCUUGGUAUAAAGGUUGGUCAGUUGUUCGUAAAGAAGGUAAUGCUACAGGCAAAACUUUACUCGAAGCUUUGGACGCUAUUUUACCUCCACAACGUCCAACGGAUAAACCACUUCGAUUACCAAUUCAAGAUGUCUACAAAAUUGGUGGUAUUGGUACAGUACCUGUUGGUCGAGUUGAAACUGGCAUACUCAAACCUAAUAUGGUCGUUAAUUUUGCUCCAUCAACUUUAACAGCAGAAGUUCGAUCCAUUGAAAUGCAUCACGAUGACCUUCAAGAAGCUCCACCUGGCUGUAAUGUUGGUUUCAAUGUUCGAGGUGUUAGCGUUAAAGAUCUUCGACGUGGUUUCGUUUGUUCUGAUUCAAGAAAUGAUCCAGCACAAGAAACUCUAAGUUUUACAGCUCAAGUCAUUGUACUUAAUCAUCCUGGACAAAUUAGUCAAGGUUAUGCACCAGUCCUUGAUUGUCAUACAUCUCAUAUUGCCUGUAAAUUUGCUGAAUUAAUUUCAAAGGUUGAUCGUCGAUCAGGUAAAGUUAUUGAAGAAGCUCCAAAAUGUCUUAAAUCAGGUGAAUCUGGUAUGGUGAAACUAAUUCCAACAAAACCAAUGUGUGUUGAAAAAUAUGCUGAUUAUCCACCAUUGGGUCGUUUUGCUGUGAGAGAUAUGCGUCAAACUGUAGCUGUUGGUGUUAUUAAAGAAGUUGAAAAGAAAGCACCUUCUUCAUCUGGCAAAAUGGUUAAAACGACUAAUUCUGCUGCUGUUAAAAAAGACAAAAAAUAG